AUGCGGUCGUACUCUUUUGAUCACGCUGAUCAUUUCCCCCCAGGAUCCUCCACUUCCGUUCCGGAUUCUUCCUCCGGUCAUUCCACUUCCAUUCCGGACCACGAGCGCAGCUUCCCUCAACAGAUGAUGCUGCACGUUUACAACACUUGUGGCAUCGUUCGCGCUCGGCAGCUCCCAUUCUGGAUCGACUUCCGGGAGCGUCACCCGACCGAGGAUCUGCCGUCGGCUCGCGAACUGCGGGCCAUGUUCUUCGACGAUGUUCUGCUAGACCCGGAAAACUACGAAGAUCUUCCGUACGCGGUGAUCCAAUACCUGAACCCACGCUUCAACCGCUUUGAUCCGGCUGUCCUCGAGGCCGGCGACGUAAUCGAGGGCGAAGACUUUCAGCUGAACGUUCCGGCCGCAUUGGGAGCUGAUGGCGCCGCCAGAAUGUCCUUCGAACAAUUGGCCGAGUACGUCAACCGACCGGCCACGCUGGUCACUCGUAACGCACCGCUGGCUCCGUUGAACGUGCAGCUCGUGUCCACCGCCUCCCGGCCGGAGGAUGCGGACGACUUAAGCGACCGCUUCGCCCAAGUUCUCAGCGAAAUGAUUUGGACGGAGGAGGAAAAGUUUGAGAAACCGGUGCUGGAACUGGCGGAAAUUCGCGCGCGUGUUGUCACCCUGGCCAGAUCCGGAAUUUCACUGCUGGACAUCAUGGAACCGUCCAUGCAGUCGUACCAGCUGAUCAACGGCCCCAACGUGGAGCCAGAAGAGCAGGUCGUUCCUGCGAUGGCACCGCCGCCGCCGCCAGUGGUGACGGACAAGUCGGCCAGGAAGCGUUGGCACUCGUUUGACGAUUCCGGUCUCGGAGCGUCCCCGUCGAAGCGAUCGCGUCUGUUCACGCCGAGUACGAUUAGCGCGAGGAAGGCACGCCUGCGUCGGAUUGUUUCCACUCGGGGGACAUGUAAGGGCAGACUUUCUGCUUUUGAUAUUAUAUUUUGACAAAUUUAAC